AUGAGCAGGAAGGCGAGGCAGCUGCUAGGGAAGAAUCUGGAAGAUAAUACGAAGACUCCAGUGAGCUUAGAAGCUUACCCAGUGAUACAGAGGCUGAGGGAUCAUCUGCCAGAAGGAAGAAUGUGUGCUGAUUUAACCCUGCAACUGAUAUGGAAGAUCCACAGGAUGAAAUUCGACAACGUCAAGAUUCUAAGGAAUGCAGUAGUUCAAUACUCAGUCGAAAAUUCCAGGCAACUGAGAUACGUGAAAAAUAUGAGGACACAGUUGAGAGUUCGGUGUCAAGAUAAUUGCCCUUGGGUUCUGUAUGCAUACCAACAACCCGACAAGAGUCUUAGAAUUAACACAUUUGUAGAUGAGCACACGUGUACCAUGGUGUGGCAAAAUAAAAGGGUUAAUUCAGGUUUUCUGGCGAAGAAAUACGUGAGAAAAUUUAGGUCUGAUCCAAACAUUCCAAUGAGUAGUUUUAUGGAGAUUGUGAAAGAGGACUGCAUGUAUGAGAUUUCAAAGCAUCAAUUCUACAGGACAAGAUCAAAAUGUGCAGAAGUUAUUAAUGGAAUUGUAGCUGAGCAGUACAAAAUUUUAUGGGAUUACGGUGAGGAAUUGAAGAGAACAAAUCCAGGCAGUACAGUGCAAAUCGAAGGUUCGGGACAUACUUUUAAGAGAUUGUACAUCUGUAUAAGGGCUUGUAAGGAAGGGUUUAAGGCUGGGUGUAGGCCAGUUGUUGGGUUGGAUGGAUGCUUCCUAAAAUCUGUAGAAGGUGGACAGUUGUUGGCAGCUGUUGGGAUCGAUGGUGAGAACUAUAUGUUCCCAUUAGCAUGGGCAGUUGUGGAUGUAGAGAACAAAACAAACUGGCAAUAG